AUGACAAGUGAAGAGCAUGAAACUGCUGACAACCGCAAGAGCCAGGAAUGCAACGUUUUUGCGGACAAGUUGAGAAUCUUCAACAGAAACAUUCAAAGUUUAUUUAAUAAAAUGAACCGAUUAGAAUAUUUUUUGGAUGACAAUAGUAUUGAUGUGUUACUUGUAUCAGAGCAUUGGCUUGAUAAUGAUUUGAUUCAAAACCUUGGUCUUGGAAGCUUCAGUCUAGUAAGUUGUUUUGCACGCACUAAUCGUAAACCUGGAGGCACGGCAAUAUUUUCCAGAGGAAAUGAGUUACAUCUGUGUGCUCCAAUCCAGUACAGCCUUUCUCUAGAAAUGGUUAUUGAAGUCAGUGCAGUAUCUUUUAUGAAAAUAUAUUGCAUAAUCUGUAUCUACAGGCCCCCACAACCCAAUAAGAGCUCUAUUGACAUAUUCUUAGAAAGACUAUUCUCUAUUGUCUCGUUUGCGACAAGUAACUUCAAAUAUGUAAUUUUGGCAGGCGACUUGAACAUAGAUUAUUCUGGAAAUGAUAUUUUAAAAGAUUACUAUGCGAUCUGCUUGGAUCAUUUGAGCUUGAGUCUCAUAUAA